CUGCGACGGUGCCAUUUACCUUUUGGAGCCAAAUUACUGUCUGAUCCAAGCUAAUUUCGAUCGUAGACUGUCAGUUGAUGUUAACCAGCGACGCUUAUUCAGUCAACCACUAGACGUGACAGCCGACAAUGAGCGUAGCAACAACUCAUGUGCUAACACACCCACUUACACGCAAACGGACCUACAUAUAGAGAAACCGAACACAGUCGACACACAGACUCGCGCGCGCAGGGAUUUAACCGCUCUCCACAGUCCACGGACAAAUAUGGAAUACAGCGAGUUAAAAAAGGAACUUAUCGUCUGUGAGAGUUCCUUCGUGAAAGUCCGGACGGCGGGAACGUGCUUUCUCCGCAGUACGGCUGCUACACGUAUUCCAUAUUUGUCCGUGGACUGUGGAGAGCGGUUAAAUCCCUGCGCGCGCGAGUCUGUGUGUCGACUGUGUUCGGUUUCUCUAUAUGUAGGUCCGUUUGCGUGUAAGUGGCUGUCUGAUAUGGGUAGUAAAGAUAAUGUGCAGUUGCAUAUCUUACAUUUCAAUGAUGUUUAUAACGUGGAGGGACAGUCCACGGAACCGGUAGCUGGUGCAGCGCGAUUUCACAGUGCCCUGAAGGCACAUGGAGCAGAAGAUAAGAGCAUCGUACUCUUCUCCGGAGAUGCACUUAGUCCGUCAAUGAUAAGCAGCAUCACACAAGGGCGACAUGUUCCCCCCAUUUUGAAUGACCUAUUUGUUAGAUGCGCAGUCUUAGGAAACCACGACUUGGAUUUUGGCUUGGAUAUACUCUGUGAGUGUAUAGAGGAGUCGAACUUUCCUUGGUUGAAUACAAACGUUCUUGAUCGCGACACAAACUCCCCGUUGGCGGGAUUGCCAACAUAUCACAUCAUCGAACAUGCGGGGCUGCGCAUUGGACUAAUAGGACUACUUGAAGAGGAGUGGGUGGCGACACUAUCCUGCGUCGAUGCUGAGGAUCUGGAGGUUUUAGAUAUCUGUGAAGCUGCACGAUCCUGGACACAAAAACUGAAACAGCCUGGCCCCGAAUCGUGUGAUUUGGUGAUUGCGUUGACUCAUAUGCGCUGGCCCAAUGAUCGAAAGUUGGCAGCCGGUGUCCCGGAAAUAGACUUGAUUUUAGGAGGUCACGAUCAUGAUUACGUAACUGAGUGGUUGGAUGAACCUGGAAAACCUGUUCGCACAAGGGCGAUUCUGAAAAGCGGCACAGACUAUCGGAGUUUUUCUCACAUAAGACUGACAUUCGACAAACAGGCCAAAAUUGUUUCAGAACUGACUGUUGAGGAAGUUAUAGUGGAUAGCCGUUGGGAAAUAAAUGAAAAGAUUUUGUGCUACGUCAAAACGCAGACAGAAAGGCUGGAGAAGAAGAUGGAGUUAAGCCUUGGUCGUGUUGAAGUCCCUUUGGAUGCGCGUUUUUCUUCUAUUCGAACUAAGGAAACAAAUGUUGGCAAUUUUGUUUCCGACAUUGUUCUGACUGGGGUGGAUGCAGAAGUAGCAAUCAUCAACUCAGGGACGUUGCGUGCUGAUCGAAUAAUUGAGGCCGGAACAUUCCGUUUGAGAGAUCUCAUUAAUCUGCUUCCCAUGUUGGAUCCCAUGGUUGUGUUGCAAGCAACUGGGAAACAAAUUUACGAGGCCCUGGAAAACGGUGUUUCGCAGUAUCCUAAACACGAAGGCCGCUUCCCCAUUGUUUCUGGCGUCCGUUUUGCCUUCGAUCCAAGGAAGCCUCCAGGCAGUCGCAUACCUUUAUCCAGUGUCACUAUUCAAAACAAACCUUUGAACUUGAAAGCGAAACACAAGUUAUGCGUGAAGCACUAUAUGGCUAAUGGAAGGGACGGUUAUGAUAUGCUCAGGGAGUGUCCGGUUUUGGUGGAUGACGAAGAUGGGCCAAUCUUAAGCACGUUGAUCCAGAACUAUUUCAGAACCAUUCAGGUGCUCAAAGGGUUUGAAAAGGCACGAACAAGACAUAGACAAAGCAUUGUUUCCAUAGUCGAGCGACACCACUUAGUUGAUGAACUGCUGGGUCAGACCAAGUCGCAAGGGACCAAAGAUGUCAGACAUUACUGGAACAAAGCACGCCAUAUUUUGAUUGAGAAUCAUGAAAUGCAUAGUGCGAACGCGAUAGCACCCAUGGUGGACGGACGAAUAGAAAAUUUGGAGGAAACUGAGGCCAUAAAAUUAUAGACAUUUUGGCCGUCUGAAAUCAGUCUUUCGUGUACAUCCUUCAUCUGUGUUCCAUCUAGCAAUUUCCAAACUACUAUUCACGCCGAUACACUGCACUCCUAUUUUGCAUUUUUACGCUCAUUCUCCUCGAUUAUUUUUACAACAAUCUAAAUUGAUUUUUGGAUGCUGGUUGUUCGUGUUUAUUUUCUCAAUGUACAAUUCAGUUUGCUGAUGGUCCCAAGCAAUCCUUUUUUGUUGAAGGUUUCAGAUAGUUUUAUCUCUCCACAUCGAGUCAGACGAUCUAUGCAUCCCAGUAAAGUCGAGCAAACCAGAAUGCAGAGAGAUGGCUAUUCGUGACUAUAGAAAUUCAGAAUCAAAGUAGACCUUUG